GGCUCAGGUGCUGCGCCUGCGCAUGAUUCUGAGAGAUGGGGAAUGGAGGGACUGCAUUGCCCGGAGAAUCUCGAGCAGCCCUUCUUCGUUCCUUCGUAUCUCAGACAGUCGCGGCAUGUCGAGAGAUUACGGCAAGAGCAUGAGAGACAAAUGGCGGAAUUGCGAGAGUUCACGCUGCGUCACCAAGCCUCUCGUCAGCCCGUACUAUCGACGAGUCCGAGCAUCAGCAAUCUGAACAAGACCACCACCACCACACAUUACCAUCGCGCACCGGUGCAGGAUAUCAUCGAGCGAUUACCGCCGCCUUCGGUGGAAGAUGAGAGGCUACAUCGUUUGCCGAGUCGCUGGAGUGAGGAGGACAAGAUGAAUGGGCUGGAGAUCAUGGCAGACGGGACUGAAGUUCGUUUCAAUGGAAUCACAAAAACGUCCGACGAGGCAGCUGCGGUGAGAAGCAAUCAUCCCAUGCCGAAAGAAGUGGGCAUAUACUACUUUGAAGUGACGAUAUUAAGUCGAGGGAAGGAUGGGUUGAUCGGCAUAGGCUUCUCGUCACAAAAGGCGAAUCUGAACCGAUUGCCAGGCUGGGAGGGCGAGUCUUGGGCGUAUCAUGGCGACGAUGGAUGCAUAUUUGCGUGUACGGCAAGCGGCAAAGCCUACGGGCCACGAUUCGCCUCACAAGAUGUCAUUGGGUGUGGUGUGAACUUCCGAACGGGCAACGUUUUCUUCACCAAGAACGGCAAUCACUUAGGCCAAGCGUUAUCAGGCAUCAAACACGGCCAGCUAUUUCCAUCGGUGGGCAUGAAGAAGCCUGGCGAACACCUCCGCAUCAACUUUGGAAAAACGCCUUUCGUCUUUGACAUCGACAGCAUGGUGGAGCAAGAAAGGCAGAGCGUCCUCGCCGACAUGGCCAAGGCCGACGUCAGCAAUCUGCACCCGCCAGACGACGAGAGCGCGUUGGUCAACAACCUCAUCGGGCAGUACUUGGCUCAUGAAGGCUAUGUGGAGACGGCCAAAGCCUUCCGCCGCGACGUGCAAGAAAGGCAGCAAUCUCUUUCGGAUGACUUCACGUCGUUUGCGGUAUCCAGUGAUGAAGACGAUGUGCAUGCAUUGCACCGACAGCGCAUACGGAGGGCCAUUCUCGAUGGCGACAUCGACAAAGCGAUGAAGUAUCAGGCUAGCUACUACCCGACACUGUUCGAAGACGACCGGAACCGCGACAUAUACUUCCGACUGAGAUGCCGCAAGUUCAUUGAAAUGAUGCGGCGCCACUCGGAUCUGCAAAACUCUUCUUCCUCACCUGCCACCGUCACCAAGUCCGUCGAAUCAUUAGGCAGCAACGGCCACGCCAACGCAGCAGAAGACGGCGACGACGCCACCGAACCACCAGACACGCAAAUGGAGCUCGACGAUCAAUUACACCGAGAGACGUCGAAAAGCCUCGAACCACCCACCGCAGACGACGUCGACAUGGACGCCUCACAAGAACUUCCCCCCAAAAUCCACUUCAUGAAAGCCGACCAAUUGCUCGCCGCCGCCAUCACGUACGGCCAGGAACUGCAAGGAGAAUUCAGCGCCGACGUGAAGCGGAAGAAGCAGUUUAAGGAAAUCUUUGCCGUCAUGGCCUACGCGAAUAUCAAGGAGAGCCCUGUCAGCCAUCUUUUCGAUACUCAGGGGAGGAUUCUGAUUGCUGAGGAGGUGAAUGGGGCUAUUCUUGUGUCCCUAGGCAAACCCUCAUCCGCUGCUCUGGAGAAGUUGUGUGCGCAGACGGAAGUUUUACUCGAAGAGACGGCGAAUCGAAAUGGUGGGGCCACGGCGUUGGUUGGUGUUCAGGUGGAUUUUUUGAGG